UUCACUCGUGGAACAUUAUCAGUCACCACUACCACCUCGACAGUCGCACUACCUCUCCUACACAGUCGCCACUACUUUUUAUCACUUCACUAAUCUAUCACAGAGGCCACCACCCUCAUUUCAAAUACAGUUGCCACUACCGCCCUCGUAUACUGGUGCUUCUGGUAGUUACCGCUUGUCGGAAACUUGCGACCAACGCCAGAAGGAUGACCUACCACCUGGCCUAUUUUGACCUGCGUGCUCGAGGAGAACCGGUCAGGUGGGUACUACGGGCCCUGGAUGUAUCCUUCACUGAAGAGAGGUUGGACUUCUUCACGGAGUGGAAGACUAGGAAGCCUGAGUUCGAGUGGGGUGUUGUUCCUGUGCUGGUGUGUGAGGGUGUGCAGCUUCAUCAGACCACCACCAUCUGUCGCUACCUGGGGGAGAAGCACCAACUGGCCUCAAAGGACUUGUUGCAGGCAGCACGCCAGCAAGAAGUCGUCGAGGCUUUCCACGAUGUUUCUGUCUAUGUAGCCUUCGCCUUUUUUGCCAGGAUGCGACAGGAUGAGAUGCAGAAGACAGUCAUGUGGGAUAAAGUAAAGAUCCGUAUUCCAGAGCUCUUGAAGAAUCUGGAGACCCGCAUCACUAAGCAAGGCUGGAUCCUCUCCUCUGAGAUGACUUGGGUGGAUGUGUUUGUGGCGGCAUACCUUGACACCUAUGAUAAUUAUCUGCCAGGGACUCUGGCUGCUGCUCCAAAGGUUAAAUGCCUCUUGGAGCAUGUGAAGGCUAUUCCAUCCAUUAAGACCUGGAUAGAGGAGAGGCCAGAUUGGCAGAAGUUUGAAGAGCCAGAAGGACUAGUCUAAUUUGCUGCAACUUGCACACCGUAUAAUUUCAUCUUGGACUGAUUUUCAACAUAUGAAGGUAAAAGGUGUAUUAAUACAGGCAGUAUAAAUAAGUGCAUACACAUAGGACAUCUUUACUGAAUGUUUCAGACCUAGGACCUUACACACUCCAAGAGAUAAAUGAAUGAGAAAGCACAGUAUGAGUGCCUCUGCAAAGAGUGAUUAUGUAUGAAUGAUAGUGAAAGUGUUGAAUGAUAAUGAAAGUUUUUUUCAUUGUUCAACACUCACCAUCACUCAUAAUCACUGUCUUUGCAGAGGCACUCAGAUACAACAGUUUAGAUGUCCCUCUAAACUGCCAAUAUCCCAAACCCCUCCUUUAAUGUGCAGGCAUUGUACUUCCCAUUUCCAGGACUCGUGUGGAGAAUGCAAGUAACUGGUGAGAGGUCAGAUGGUGUGAGGUCAUCUACUGUAAUUGCUGUUACUUGGCAGCAACGAAGCAUGUAGCAAUAUCAUACGUCCAGAGUUGAGAUAUAUUUACCGGCCCUUUGUUCUAUGGUGGUGAUGGAAGUAACUAUUACGAGGCUUCAUUGUAGUGGCACUUAUCUGUCAUUUUUUCUGUAGAUCAUUUCAGAGAACACAACAGAUAAUAGAAGCUAUUACAUUGCCUCCUUAAUUGCAGCUUCCACACCAUAGAACAGAUAGAAAAUACACGCAUAAUCUCGACUCUAGUACAUGAUACUUCUACGUGCUGCUUCGCGGCUGCCAUGUGACAGUAAUUAAAUGACGUUGUUCCUUCAUCUGAUCCUCAACAGUGAUUUGCAUUCCCACUAUAUAUGUACUGUGAUUUCUCAUUCUCUUGUAUCAUUUGGCAUGACCAGUGUCCCAAGACUGAAACAUAUCUAAUAAAGAUGUCCUAUAAUUAGGACAAAUGUAAAACUGGAAAAAGUGAUAUUUUUUAAUUGACAUUUCUUUUAAUGCAUUAGCAGUCUCUCUACCAAGGUAGGGUGACCAAGGAUAAGAUUAAACACUUUAACAAUCAUUCAUUCAAUCACUGUCUUCCCAGAAGCAUGCUGACAUCACAGCUCGGAUAACCCUCUGAAUUGCAACAUCCCCACCCCUUCAGAGUGCAGGCACUGUACUUCCUACCUCUAGGACUU